AUGAUCAAAACUGCUGUGGAAAUUCAUGACAGUACAGGUGACAUAGAUGGUGGAACGCAGUCACCUUCAAAUCACGGCCACAGGGAUGAUGAUGAUACCAUAAAGGACAGGAGGUUGUGCUCUGCCAGACAAAAGGAUGAUAAAGACGUCACCCAGACUAAAGACGUCCAGACUAAAGACGUCACCCAGCGAAAUAGUCUGAAAGAUGGGUUAUCUAACAUUCCACAACAACAAUGUGAAGAGCAAAAUAAACCUUCUGAUGCUGUGUCCAUUACUGUAACUCAGGAUAGUCAAGGCAUCUCUGAGAUUUUGGGCAUGAUAGCAUCCUCACAGAAUAAAAGAGGCUCUACCAUUGUCUAUCCAGAGGAGUCACCAUCCUUCGAACAGCCGGGUGAAUUUGAACAAACUGAGCUGACUGACAUCGCUGAUAUACAACACAAUCCGGAGCAUCUUCAGAAACAAAUGAAACAGAUAGGCAAAGACAGGCCGUUGGAGGAAGAUAUGUCUAAGCUCCCGUCACCUCCAGAUGAUCUUCAGAACUUCCAGCCUGUACAUGACAGUGCUCAAAUUUAUUUGGGUUCUAGUGAAAUGGUGACAUCCAUUGAUUCGACAGCUGACACCCAAUCCAACCAAGAAAUACCACCUGCUCUUCCCCUUCAGUUUGAGCUUUCCAAGUCCUUGAAAAUCGAAGAAAAAUGAGGCUGUGGCAAAGCAAUAUCUUGAGGUUGCGCAUUAGUCCAGUCAAGGCAGACAACGUUUGAAUUAAUAAUACUGUAAAUCUAUUGCAAGCUUUACUAUCAAACGUCACCAACAUGAGGCCUUAUUGCAAUUUUAUUGAAGCAAAUGUAUAUUUUCUUUAAUAAAUUUAUGCACUUUUUAAA